CAAGGGGUGUUUGAAUGAGUUUCCUCCCCAAGGCUUCCUGUUAUAUUAAUUCAUGUCACUAAGCUGCCCAUAGUGUGUGGGUGAGUCAUUGAUUUAUCUGUUCUCACUUCUUCCUGGAGCAGCGAUGGAUGGCCGGUAUACGAACAUCGAGAUGAAUUUCGCAAAUGAUCAUUUGCAAAAGUGCAGCAUGUCGUGUGAACAAAAAACAGAAUACAGUCAUGUUGGAGAAUUGUGUACCCAGCCAGGCUUUGAGCCACAAAGCACUUCUGGGAGAGAGUCUCUGUACAGAAGGACAAUGGUGGUGUUCAUCUCUCUGUGGAUCAUCACACUGAUCAUUCUUGGUGCUGUACUCAGUGUCUCAUUUCUACCAGGAUCUGGCCUGCAGAAUGAGAUGACAGACUUACAAAGGAUGACAUCAAGCAGUAUCUUGGAAAUACAAGCACGCUUGGAAGACAAGAACAAGCAGCUGGAGACUAAGAAUAGAGAAAACUCAAAUCUGAUCCAAGAGAAAUCUGGCCUGCAGAAUCAGCUGAAGGAGCUACAAAUGAGGACCUCAAACAAUAUCUCUGGACUGCAGGUACAACUGGAAGACAAGAACAAGCAGCUGGAGACUAAGAACAGAGAAAACUCAAAUCUGAUCCAAGAAAGAUCUGGCCUGCAGAUUCAGCUGAAGGAGAUACAAAUGAAGACCUCGAGCAAUAUCUCUGGACUGCAGGUACAACUGGAAGACAAGAACAAGCAGCUGGAGACUAAGAACAGAGAAAACUCAAAUCUGAUCCAAGAGAAAUCUGGCCUGCAGAAUCAGCUGAAGGAGCUACAAAUGAGGACCUCAAACAAUAUCUCUGGACUGCAGGUACAACUGGAAGACAAGAACAAGCAGCUGGAGACUAAGAACAGAGAAAACUCAAAUCUGAUCCAAGAAAGAUCUGGCCUGCAGAUUCAGCUGAAGGAGAUACAAAUGAAGACCUUGAGCAAUAUCUCUGGACUGCAGGUACAACUGGAAGACAAGAACAAGCAGCUGGAGACUAAGAACAGAGAAAACUCAAAUCUGAUCCAAGAGAAAUCUGGCCUGCAGAAUCAGCUGAAGGAGCUACAAAUGAGGACCUCAAACAAUAUCUCUGGACUGCAGGUACAACUGGAAGACAAGAACAAGCAGCUGGAGAUUAAGAACAGAGUAAUCUCAAAACUGAUCCUACAGAAGUUUGACUUGCAGAAUGAGGUUCGGGAGCUACAGACCAUUGCUGAAGAUGGAUUUGCCAAAUGGACAAAUAAACAAGGAAUUGUCCGACAAGAAGUGUGGAAGUGGAUCCGUAAAGCAGCAGCUAAUGUCAUUCUGGACCCCAGAACAGCACAUCGUAAUCUUACUGUUUCUGAGGACGGCAAACAAGUGACAUUCAGUGGUGGCCUCCUACCUGACAGCCCAUUGAGGUUCAGUAAUUGGUACGGGAUCCAGGGAAAAGAGAGUUUCUCUUCAGGGAGACAUUACUAUGAGGUUCAGGUUGGGACAAGGGGAUGCUUUUCAGUUGGAUUUGUGAAAGAGUCUGUUGAAAAGAUGAAGUAUACUGUAACUUCAGAGAGUGGCUUCCUGAUGUUCAUACUCGAGAAGAAUGUGUACAAAGUUUCAACAACCCCCCCCACCUCCCUCUCUCUGAACGAGCCCCCUAACAAUGUGGGGGUGUAUGUGGACUAUGACAAGGGGCAGGUUUCCUUUUACAAUGUGGGCACCAGGUCCCAUAUCUACUCUUUUACUGGUUACAACUUCAGUGAGAAACUCUAUCCAGCUGUUAACUCCUGUAACAGUAUGACAUCAGGUCCCCUGAUCAUUUCUCCUGUCAGUCACACAGCCUGAUCUGAAACAGCAGUUUACACACAGACAAGGAUUAAUAACUGUCCAUUUGAUAUAAUAUUGGGCUUAUUUUUUUCUGUGAUAUUUGUUUUUCUAAAUGUUUUGCCAGUGCCAACAGCAUUAACUGAACUGAGAGAUUAUAAUGAUUGCAUACAGUACAUACUAUCUCUACUUGAAUCUACCAAAGAUCACCUGCCUGUUAAUAGUGAUCGGGUAAUUUUAGUGGAUGCAGAUAUUUAAUGAUUUUAAAUACAAUUACAGGCUGCUUGCACAUUUCUUUGAACUAUCAGUUUUUUGCAGUAAUUCUGUAUGUCUGCUGUUAAAAAAUUAUUUCCUUGGUUUGUUACCUCGUCUCAUUUUAUACUAAAUGCAAGUUUGUUUACUUAUAAUUUUUUAAGUCUAACUUAUUGAAGAGUACCAGCUUUUUUGAUACCAGCAUUAUUGUGGUACCUUUACCUUUCUUACAGAUUAUUCUGGUAUAAGGACCAAAGACUAACCUAUGUUUUAGCAUUAUUUUGUCAGGAAGUAUGUCAUGGCUCAGUUUCAUCACCUGAUGGCAGCAGAGAGUUCACUCCAGCAGAACACAGUGUCAAUGUGUAAUUCCUGAUGCUUGCUUGCCAUUAAUUAUCCAACCUUUAAAUACAGGCUUAUCCAUCUGUGGUGUAUUGAAUCUUGACAUGUUAAUUUCUGUAUUUUGUAUUAUUAUGUUCACUAGACCUAUACAUGUGGUUUUGGGAUCUGCCCGUCACAUUGUAGGGGUGUAACAAUGCACUGUGGCAUGAAAUCAUUCAUUUAUUAACAUUAAUUCAAAGAGGCGUAAUAGGCAUAACUUGAGUUUUGCUUUGAGAUUUUAUUUUUGAAUUGUGCACUGGAGUCUGCAGAAUAAAGAAAAAACUGUAAGCAAAAAGAAAUGGUUUGGAAACUGUUUUUUUUAAGCACAUGUAUUUGAAUAAAGAACUAUGAGAUCUUAA